UUCAGCUUCAUACAGCGAAUCUUCUCUGACAAAAUACCGGUUCAAAGUUUAACUCUGAACAGGUUCUUAUUAUGAAUAGAAGAAUAAACAAAAAUCUUUGAAUCAAAUUAUUAAAAACAGUCAUCAAAUUGUUAUCGUUGGAUUCACUAAAGUUUAAGUACUCUUCUCUAUCAUGAGUUGCAAAUCAUUAUUAUUUGUGAUAAUUCGAUUUCAAGUUUUGUUAUUAACAUUAUUUUGUGGUGAUUGUCAAACAUUAAACACAACUUCAAUAUUUAAUAUUUCACAUAGUUCAUUGUACCCGAUAUCUUUGAACAAUGAUUAUCAAUCUCAAGUAUUUUAUAUCACCGGAGGAAAACCAUCAUACUAUAGAGAGUUUCCAUUUAUGGCUGCUCUAGGAUGGUUCAACGAUACCGGAGGGUUAAAUUAUCAUGGAGGUGGAAUGGUGAUAAGUCCGAGAAUGAUCUUAACCGCUGCGCAUUGUGUUUACAAAAAUGGCAAACUUCCCGACUCUGUUUUUAUUGGAGGAGACCCACUUUCAAAAGUUACAGCAACCAAUUUUUUUUCGAUUUAUGGAGUAGUAAAUGUGACAGUUUUCCCAGAAUACACUUCAAGUCUAGCAUAUGACGAUAUUGCAAUAUUGGAAUUAAACGAACGCACAUGGUAUCCACCUGUUUGUUUAUGGAACUGUGAAGAUCUCAAUACCGCCGAUGCCACGGCUAUUGGAUAUGGUCUAACAGAAUUUGCUGGAAUGGGAUCCGAAGAGUUAUUAAAAGUUAAUUUGACCAUAUUUUCGCCUGAAUACUGUGAACCAUUUUUUAAACGACAAAGAAAAUUCAAAUUAGGACUUUCAGAUGCUCAUAUUUGUGCUGGUGAUAAAGAUGGAGUAAAAGACACGUGUCAGGGUGACUCUGGUGGACCUCUUAUUAUUCAACAAAACGGUCAAAAUUUUGCUAUCGGAAUAACAUCUUCCGGACAAGCCUGUUCUGGAUUUCCGCCAGCGAUUUAUACGAGAAUCCAACCAUACAUAGAAUGGAUAACUAGUGUGCUUGAAGAACGAGGGGAGUCCUUAGUAGACUGUCCUUGUCCCAUAAAGGAUCAAAAUAUUAGGCAUGACAGAAAUAAAAAUGAUUAAAUUUUUUAGUAGUUUGGAUACAGUUUUUAUACUAUAUUUAUUAGGGUGGACCAAAAAAAUCGAAAUUCUUUUUUUUUUUUUAUUUUGUUCUCCGAAAAAUCGAUUGCUAGACAC